AUGCGCACGGUAGGGGAGCGGACCCGCCCCCUCACUCCUCUCCGGACGUCGGACGUCGCGCGGCUGGCGCGCAACUCGUUCCCCUCCGCCCCUUUGUUGACAGACGCGCGCGUGACGCCCCCAGCCAAUGAGCGGCUGCCGUUCGGGGCCAUGGCACAUUCCAGUAGACACCAGAGUUCCCCCGAACGGCCCAAAAGCAGCCGCCUGGGUCCAAGUGAGAGAUGGCGAACACUGACCCCACGGGUUUGGGGGUCGGGGGCCAAUUUCUAUUUGGGCUGUCCUAACCCAAACCGGCUCUUGGCCCAAAACAGGAAGCAAAGGAAAAACCACACCAGCAAGCUGCAGGAGUUGGCCUUGCUGCUGCCCGUGGCCCUGAAGACGAGCACCAAGAAGCUCACCAAGAAGGAGAUUCUGCUGCAUGUCCUGCACUACAUUCAGUACCUCCAGAGAAACAUCGAUAUGGCCAAGGCCUUGCUCAAAUGCCACACCGCCAACGGGGAAGGUGGACUUGGGGGGCUGGGUCGGAAACGGGCCAAGGGCCCUGCAAGGCUCAGACACUCCACCCCUUCGCGCUCCCCGCACUGGAGGAAGUCCCAUCUUCAGGGAGCCUGCCGCAAGCCUCAGAAGAAGAAACGGACUGGAUCGUCAGAACACCAGACCCGGGCCCAGAAGCCUCGCCGCUGCCUGGCCCUGGACGAGCCCGAGAAGUGGGCGACCCCAUCCCCAGACCGGCAAGGAAGAGAUGUGGGGAGGACCACCACCCCUGCAAGAUGCACCACCUCCUGCAGUCACCCCGAAGUGGCAUCAGCCACACCUCAAGACAACGCAAAGGGAGGGAAAGCCCGGCUGACGCUGUUGGACGUGGCUGAGAGCAGCGUCUGCUGUGACAUCUCAGGCUGCUGUUGCAGAGACAGUGCCCAGGGUAAAGGGCCCUACCUUGCCUUCAAGGCCCAGCAAGGGGCUGAGGGGAUCCACUUUCUCAACAGGACACAGCCCUGUCCCAGGCAGAAGAUGGUGUUCUACGAUUCCGGUGAGGAGGCGGACAAGGAGUCCCCAGAUGCUGACCGUUGGCUUCCUGCCUGGACCCCAGAGGGCAGCUCCCAUGGGAGCUCGCUGGCCUUGGGGCCUUCCCAGAUUAACAACUGGGCGACGACAGGCCACCCGAGUGAGAUCCUGGGGCUCAGCCCCUCCCUCUUCAGCUCCCCGGGAAACAUGCUGCCAGAGCAGAUCCUGGAGGAUGGUACUGAUACCGAGUACCUGACCCAAGCUCUCUUUGAAGACGUGCUCCUAGAUGCCGAGUCUUCACCCCCUGAUGACACCCUUGAGCUGCCACAGAACAGGGAGACACCCUCUGAGGCUCCCGAGGGCACCCCCAACUCCCAUGCCCUGAGCGAUUUCUCCAUCUCGCUGCAUUACUGCUCCCGGUCGCUGAGCGAGACCAGCAAGGGGCCGUCCAGCUCCAGCUCCAGCUCUGAGGACACGGACGAAGAGUCGGUGCCGAGGCAGCCGGAGGACACCGAGGCCGACCCCGAGGGCCUGCAGUCCUCCAGCGAUGAAGACAGAGACUACACGUGGACCCCCACCAGGCGGGCCUCCACCCUGCCCCCAGCCAGGAGAAAGGCCAGGAAGGGCCAGGCGGGCAGGGGCCAGGCGAAGCCCAAGGCAGACCAGAAAGCCCCCUGCCCCCCCCAGAUGAAGAAAAAGUGCAUCAACGGCUUCAUCAUGUUCUGCAGGAUGAACCGGAAGCAGUACAUCCGAGCCUGCCCUGGGACCGCAUCCACGGCCGCCACCAAGGACCUGGCCCAGCUGUGGCGGGUGAUGACCCAGCAGGAGCGUGGACCGUACUGUGCCAAAGCACGCAGGUUCAGCCUCCAGCACAACCGGAUCGUGAAGCAGGACAGCUCCAGCAGCGAGGACGAGGACUGGGGGCCCCCCAAGCCCUUCUACCAGCUGCUGGCCGAGAAGGCCCGCGCCUCCCCCCACUGGGCUUCUCUGACGCCCGCUCCCCACGACUGAGGGAGGCCCGGCCUCGCCUCUCCUCCCUCCGUCUCACAGCUCCUGCAGCUGCGGUGUGCUGGUGUGCUGGUGUGCUCUCCGCUCAGGAGCAGGGGCUAAGAGGUUGUCCCCUCCCGGGCCUCCCCCUCCCCGAGCAAGUCCCUUGGCCAGCUCCUGCGCCUGCUGGGAGUGGUGUAUUUAUGGACUCCGAUGCUUUGCGAGCUUGCCUCCUGGUCCUAGGGCGGCCUGAGCUGUGCCUGCCCGCAGUCCACUGCCCGCCCUUCCCUCACCCCCUUUCUAGCGGGGGCAGGGGGGUGUCCGGGGAGCUGCAGGGUAGGAGGAAGGAAGCCAUGAAUGAAAUGCAGCGCCAUGAAGUUUAUGGGGAGGGAUUCGCCCUGCCCUUCCUUGGCCCACCCCAGAAUCCAGUGGAUUCAACCCCCUUCAUUCUUGCCUCACCCCACUACUCCCUCCCCUGUUCUAUUUAUAGCUUAUUUAUUGUUUUCCACAAAAUAAAGUAAGUGGAACCCUUGUUACCAGCGAGAAAGACAAGAGGCUGCUUUACCAGUCCCCCCCCAGCUCCUGCAGGAUCUGGAGGCCCAGGGGCCUGCCCUGCCCACACCUUCCCAGCAGCCACACAAGCUGACCCCUGACCCCCCGCCCUACCAGGGAGCAGCCAUGAGAAAGCCAGAAGCUCAGGUGGGGCUUUUCAGGGUUCAGCUUUUCCUUUGAGCAAGUGAUUUAGAAGGGCACCCACAGCCCCGGAGGUUCUAGUUGUCUGUUAACUUUAUUUUAAUUGAAAUGGAGGCAUAACAUGUCCUAGAAAAAUAAAGAUUUAUGAUACAAACUAGA